UUUCUCCUUGGAUAAACGCUGAAAGUAACCAAUGUGGCGGUACCACCUCGAUCAGUAAACUGUUAAAACUCCGUAUUUCAUUCACCUGCAUUUGUCAUCAGAGUGAAAUUACAACGACCGGUAUAUGUCAUAACGUCAAGAAACCCACUCCAGCAAAACACCAACCACAAUCUCCGCCCACGGUCCGUUGUCAGAAAUUCUUACGACGGCAGCGUUGAUAAUCUUGAUAUUCAAGAACGCAGCCCUACCUCCGCCACACCGCCCAAGUCCGAGAGAUCGAAUUGAAGCAAAGAAGCCAUAACUGAGGGAGUACGUCAGCUUCUUGUCUAAGGCGGAGCAAUUCUACUCUUCCAGGCGAUCCACCACAUCUCCGUCAAUCCCGAAAUCUGUCUCGCCGGAGAAGAAGACGAUGACGAGAAAAUGUCUCCACUGUGGGGUCGAGAACACGCCACAGUGGCGGGAGGGGCCUAUGGGAUCACGUACGCUUUGUAAUGCUUGUGGGGUGAUGUAUGUAUAAAACAAAGGGUGUACUUCUAGCCGAGUAUAGGCCCGUUAAUAGCCCCAGUUACUCCAAUGAGGAUCACUCCAAUUACCACCGGAAAGCGCUGGAGAUGAAAAAAGGGUGUGCUACCGGUGACAAUAAAGAAGAAAGAAUCGACGAUUAUGGGUCAACCCGAAUCAGGCAAUUUGCCGCCUCACCCGGUUUCAAGUUCUGAACAUUUUGGAAAUUCGCAUCAUCCGGAUUCACAUGCUGACAUGUAUGACGGAAGCUCGUCCUUUUCAAGUGGUGAAAGAACAACGACAAUACAGCUGGUCGUAUCCUUCGAUGACCUAAAAGUUGUUAGCCAGCGGAAGGCAUGUUAUUUAACUGAAGACGAUGAUGCUCUGUACUUGAGGGUGGAUAUGCCAGGGUUGGGCAAAGAACAUACCAAUAUCUACCCGGAGGACAAUUACACUCUGAUAGUAAAAGGAGUCGGGGAGGUGGACAACUUUGAACCCAAGUUCAAAGAUAAGGAAACUUGUGUUAUUACUUACGUUGCUAAGGUGACUUCACUGGAAAUGUACAAGUACAAUUUGGAUGGGAUUCAAUUAGGGAUGAAGAAUGGAGUGCUCAAGGCUAUUGUUCCCAAAAUCAAGGACAUAAUGUAUGGUGGAAACUCAAGAACGACGAUGCAGCUGACAUACUCGGGUGGGCCAAACAAUGAGUCGGAACCAAAUGGACAGCGGAAGCCAUGGUAUUUGACGGAAGAUGAUGAUGGUUUGUACUUGAGGUUUGAUAUGCCAGGGGUGAAUGACCGCGAAGGUCCCUUCUUUUCCUAUAAGUACAGUACUAUGAGAGUAGGAGUAGUCCAGCUGUUGGACGACUCGGAACCCAAGUUGAAAGAUGAGGAAACUUUUCCUAUGAUCUACACUGCUGAUAUCACUUUACUGGAUAUACAACAAUACAAUUUUCAUUGGAUUCAUUCAGGGUUCAAGAAUGGAGUGCUCAAGCUUAUCGUUCCAAAAAAGAAUGGACUUUAUGAUCUCAAGGUUAGCUCAUGGGAAACUAUCUUUAACAAUCUAGGUUUGUCAAUGUAUCUCAAUCCGUAGUAUUUUUCAUGUUCGAUCUGGAAUCCCCUUAGACAUCUUCUUCGAUUGUUUUUCCUAGAGUUGAAAAUUGCACAAACAAAACAUAUAUAUGUCAAUGCUGUUGUCUCUCAUCGUAUAAGUAUCAAGGAAUCAUCACCAAUCAAGUGGUGAUCGAAUCCAGACUAAAACAUGGAUCGGAUUCAUUUCUGCAACUUUUCACUUUUCUCUCUUUGCAAUCAAUUUAUGUUUGUCAACUACGGACUACUUUGAUUUUUGGAACAUUAAGUCCCACAUAUUAUAUACGUACUACUCCCGUAUCCUCUUCUUCAACCAUGCUGUCAAGGUA